GGCAGCACUUAUUAAAAGCAAAUAUACCAAGACAACUGGAGGAGUUUUUUCUACUAAUGCAAGAUCUAGCGACAGCAGUCUACGAGGACUUUUUGGACAAACCCCUGUUCAAAGUUCGGGAGGGCAGUUCAAAAUGGUUCCCGCUGAAGUACCAGAUUCUCCCGAAAUCGGAGAUGCAGAAGUUGAAACGCCGCGUGAACGUGGUAGGCCUUCACAGCCAGGCUCAACUGGAAGCGGGACUAUUCAGUCCAUUGGUGUUCAAAGUGGAUCUGGAGUAUUCAGUAGCUCUAAUGUUCAGAGUGCUGCAACUGUUGAAACUGGGGAUAGCGAAGUUGAAGCACCUCAAACAAGGAAUGGCAGAGUUGGAACAGGUACAUUCAAUCAGAAAUCGACCGUGAGUUUGUCUGCUUUGUUUCUGACCGCGAUAAAAACUGACGCAGAAAUUGGAGAUGUCGAAACUGCUCCAAGCCCAACAAGGACAAGACAAACGUCAGUGCGGACUGGAGGCACAACAAUUCCUGUCGGAAUAUUGGUUAAACUAAAGACACAAUCUGGUUCACAGGAUCAUAAAACAUCCGCCAGUUUUGUGGAGGAAGACGACCAAGUACCAAGAGGAGAUGCGGAUGUAGCUGUUGUGCGAACUCGAACACGUGGAGAUGUAGAACCUGCAGGAGAACAACAAAGAACACCGGCAGAAAUAGCAGCUCAACUAAGGGGAGGAAGCAUUUUCCAUGCCGCUGUUCAUUCUGGAGCAUCUCAGAUAAGAACUAGAAACUUAGAUGAAGAAAUGCGGAGAUCUCACUCAUCCAUAAGCUCUAUCAGAGUGCUGAAAAUGGAUUCAAGUUUUGUAUUGUUUGGUGAUGACAUGGAUCUUCCAAAGCUAGAAGCAGAUAUUGAGGCCUACAAUUUGCCUGAAGUGCAAGAAAAUUUUCCCAAUACCAACGCAUUUGGUUAUAUUACCGUCAAGCUACAUGAAAACGGGCCACUGGAUUUCUCACAGCGACAGCACCUCACUUUCCUUGCUACGGCUCACGGAGACAGAGAUACUUUAGUCAACAUUCUUGCUGCACCUGGACUACGGACCUUUUACGUAGACCAGCAAGUUUCUCUUUCUGAUGGGACUAAAAUAAUGUACAAGUUCCCCUUCAUUUUGAACGAGUAUAUGGGCACGACAUACCUUAUAGCUGCUUUUACGUCAUGCAAGGCGUACAAUUACUUUGGAUUUAAUCAGCCUGGUUAUUACAUCAUUGACCCCGAUGGUUCCGGUGCAGAAUUUCAACCAAUGGUAGUCAAAUGCCAAGGUGAUAAUACUGUCUUGGAUCAAAGGAUAGAUGCCCUUUGCACUGAGGAGAAUGAUGCUUCCGGAGCCCCUGUAUGCAACGCUGAUACAAGUACUUGGUUCGAAAGUGUUCAGAAUAUCCAGACUACACCUGUACACGUGGGAGCAUCUCACAGCUAUCACAGCCGAUUUUCUACUUUCAAUCAGAAGCCACAUAACAGAAAUGUGCAAAGUAUUUCACUGGCAAGUCUGUUGAUAAGGAACUCACAUCGACGUAAACGAAGAUCAGCUAGCCUUGGAAAUGCUUUUCUUACUAGCAGUAAACUCCAAACGAAUGGGAGUAUCUCUGUUGUAACGGGAAGUGUUAAACUUACAAAUUACCGUAUCGUGAAGUACACAAAGAGUGUACGCACUGAGUUUGAAACAUCUGGAGUGGUCGACGAAGACGCCGAGGAAGUUGUCGUAGAAGAAGUGGAGCGAGGGGAUGCGGAGGUAUUCCAGACCAGAACUAGACCGAGAGGGGAUACGGAGGCAAACCCGAUCACUUCCCGCCAAGAGCCGCAAAUGGAAGUCAUCGAGCUGAUGGAAAUGGACGGUCAGAUUUACGAAGUAUUUACGUCAUGCGAGCAUGCGUAUUUCAGCAUUGGUGAAUUGCAUGAGUUUGAAGUGAUUGAUCCUAAUGGAAGUGAUAACGUCUUCGUCGCAUCGUGUCAUCAGCAUGAUGAAUAUGGGCCAAUCCUCUCACAGAUUCAUGUGACAGAGACAAGCUUCGCCCUGGAUCCGUCCCAGCCUGCGUUUACAGCCAAUAUUACCUACGGCAGGGGCUCUGAGGAGAGUAUCGACCAAGAACGGGUCAUUGCUCUUAUCAACAACUCAGGAUACUGCUCUCAAAAGGUUGUUUUCUCUUGCCAAGGUGCGUCACUAAAUUCUGAUGGUUCUAAUGGUGUCAUCCUGGAUAGGAACGGCGAGGAGAUAGCAUCACCGUGGGGUGGCGUGGACGGACCUUGCGCCGAACCAGAUACGUGCCAGUGCCUUACAUCGGGAAGCAUGGGUCUGAAUGAAGCUAUCAUUGAAGAUAAAAGUCUCUUGCCCAUAACGGGCUUGAGGCUUGAUUCUGUAGAUGGUCCUGGAUCCUUCCUUGUCGGAAGCGUAGAGUGCAGAGAUGAUCUCAGUAAUAAUGCGAAUGUGGUAAAAGCUGAACUUUACAGAGAGAUGCUACCAGUAUUGAGAACUUGCUCCGAGCUCUACAUGUACAUGAAAGCAAUGGGAAUUCGUUUCAUGGCUGGCUACUACAAGAUAAACCCCAACCCUAUGUCAGGCAAGGCAGGCGAGGUAUACUGUGAAUCAGAUGGAAGGACGGUGGUCGGUCACAACCACAUAGGCACAAAUGCCAUCAACGAAACCAACAUGGUGGUCGAACUGAUGUACAAACAAUCGGCCAGGUUCAUGAUGGACCUUGAAAGCGUCUCCGGUAAAUGCGAGCAGUACGUCAAGGCGACGUGCAGAAAUAUGCCUUUCUUCAACUACCCACCGAACCCGCAAGACAGGCCAGAGGCACUGGCGACCUGGACUUCUCUGGAUGACAUACCACAGGACAGCUGGGGCACCGAGGAUUCUGAACAAGGGUGCCCAUGCUUCACUACGCCGGCUAAGUGCCUUGAAGAAAAUAAGCUGUGCAAUUGCGAUGCGUUCCCUGGUCACGAGUCGUUGGAUGAGAUCUUCCUGAUGGAACCCGCCAAGGCUUUCAACUUCACAAGGGCCACCGGAACAGGCAACAUCCUGGAGAUAGGAGGAUGGGAAUGUAAUGAGACUGUGGAGUCAACCAGUGCUCCUUAUGUUCCCAUACAAAAAACCUGCAGUGGCGUGUUGGAAUACUUGAUGAACCAACAAUUUCCGGUCUCUUCUGGAUUCUACUGGAUUGAUCCAGAUGAGGAGGCUGGAGUCCUUCGACCGUUUUUUGCCUACUGUGAUUUCUAUUACCCUGACUCAGGAGAUCAAACUACUAAAGUGGCCGAGACUGUAAUUUAUCACGACUACGAGGACUACCUGUUCGCAGACAAGGAUGGUCUCACUCAACGUUUCAGAUACUCCGAAGCAUCCAUCGCACAGAUUGCUGCUCUUACUAGGGUGUCUGAAAAGUGCGAGCAGAUGAUAGAAUUUAACUGCAAGGGCUCCCCCAUCUGGUCUGGAGAUGUACAGACGGCUUGGUGGACUGAUCGGCAUGGCAAUCGGAUGGUCAACUGGGGCGGUGUCCCUACAGGCGAAAAGGGAUGUGCGUGCAAGCUUUCUCAAGAAGGUUGUGUAGGGGGAGCCGCUAGUUACUGCAACUGUGAUGCCAACGAUGCCGGGUCCAUGCUUUACGAUGGUGGCAUUUUGAACGACAAGAGCAACCUCCCAGUGACCUCUGUGACCUUUGGCCGUUCCGCCGACAACACAAGCUUUUUCAGGGUAUCUCCUCUCAGAUGCAGUGGUCAAGGAGGCUCUCCUGCUUUAACAGAACAAGAUUACACCUUCUUAUUCAAUGCCGACGAUCAAGAGGAACGUUUGAUGAAUGUAUUGCCCCGCCUUGAGCCUGGCCAGGAUAUGGUGGAGUUUUCCGUUGAUGCGAUGUCUGAUGCCUACAUUGCUUUCGCUAGCGAUCCGUAUGGGGUUCCGGAAUAUGAGAUUGCGAUUGGAGUGGAUGGAAACAACAUUACAGAAUUUUUCGAAGGCCAGGAACAAGAGAUGAGAUUCGACACACCCGGGAUCCUGAAUGCGGACAGACCCACGCAGUUCCGUGUCAGUUUCUUAGACGAGGUCAUCGAGCUUGUGAAGGUGGAAACCGGAGGUAGCGAGGUGCCGAUUGGAGCUGUUGACUUUGGAACGGUACAUCCCUUCCGAUACAUCCUCUUUGGUUCAAAGGCUCCCUCUACGUGGAGAUUCCCCUACCUUGCUGCUACUUCUAUGCAGGUGUGCGAUCCAGGCGUGAUGAUCAUAGGAUGUCCAAGCGGACAGUAUAUCGACGUGACCUACGCCAACUAUGGCUAUGACCUGACAUCUACGUGCGGCGGCGACGGCAUGGAUUACCCUGCUUGCAGCUCAGAAUCCUCCAUCUCAGAGGUUCUUGAGCGUUGUCAAGGCCUCCCUUCCUGCGCCUUCCAGGUGACUACGGGUGUCUUUGGAGACCCCUGUGCUUCUGUUGACACUCCAAAGUCGCUGAAAGUUAGGUAUCGGUGCACCCCGGAUCCCGUUCCGAAGUCGGGGAGAGCUGGGGCAUGCCUCAACAUGGUGUGUCACAAUGGUGGAACCUGCCUCCCAUUCAAUGGUGGAGCUCGCUGCAAAUGUGCGUACGGAUGGACGGGACCCACAUGUGAUAUGCGUGAAGCUGUGUGCAACCUAAUCGGGGGCUCUUACUUCAAGACGUUUGAUGAUAAGUUCUACUACUUCCCAGUGAGUUUCACCGACAACCAACAGUGUACUUUCACCCUGGUCAGCCACCAGUCAUUCGCGGGGGAGCGCUUUGACGUCCUCACACGAAACGGAGAAGUGGUCAUCGAGAUUGCUUCGCAGACAAUUGAACUUGGUGAGGAUGUCAGGAUAGAUGGUUUUCCUGUAAAUGAUGUCUCUGGACAGCACUAUAGCAUAUCAGAGAGAGGAAAUGGAGAGUACGUUGUAGAGCUGAACGUUGGGAUGUCUAUUCACUACAAGAAGGAUGGACCUGUUUACAUCACAAUGAAAGGCACAGCGGAUGUGGUUUCUGGCCUUUGUGGGAACAACGACGGCAACGCAGACAAUGAUUUUACUCUGGAUAAUGAGAUACUCGAUACGCAAAUGUUUGUGCAGCGGUACAAAAGGAUUUGCGAUCCCAACACCUACGAGCCUGUGGACGUACCUUGUGAAGAGAGUACACACAUCAGCAAUCAGUGUCAUUUCACUUUGACUAACAUCAGGAGCAUAUUCGAUAUCUGCCCGGUUGCUCCCGAGGUCUACCUUGAGUCCUGCCUGCAUCACGUGUGUCACUCCCAGAGUCAGUGUGACUCCAUUCAUGACUACGUGACAAGGUGUAAGGCUCAGAAUGUCAACGUAGAAGGCUGGAGAACCCUAUCAGACUGUGCCAUGCAAUGUGGUCCCAACAUGAUGUACGAAGAAAUGGCCUCUGCGUGUCAGCCCACUUGUCAAAACCAGACACCACAGACGGAUUGCAACCAACCACCCAUGGACGGCUGUGUGUGCAUGACAGGCUACAUCCUCUAUAACGAAAUGUGCAUCACAAUGGCAACUUGCAAUAUCAUCUUGUCUGGGUCUAGUGGUCAGCCAGCUCCUCCAGGCCCUGUCAAUACUGGAAUGACAAGUUUAUUUUCAUUGUUCAACCAAAGGCAGACUACAAUAACCGGAUCUGGGCAACCUGCUGUUUCGAUUCCAGGACAACCUGCUGUGAAUCCAGGACAACCAGGUUCUUUCAUUCCGGGACAACCAGCCCCACAGCAACCAAGUGGAACAGUAAACCUUGGUUCAAUCUUUACGCUUGGACAACCUGCUUCAGCUCCGUCUCCAGCACAACCGGCUCCGUCCCCCGCACAACCCGUUCCUUCCCCGGCACAACCGGCUCCGUCCCCAGCACAACCGGCUCCUUCCCCUGCCCAACCGGCUCCAUCCCCAGCACAGCCGGCUCUCUCUCCAGGAAUGCCCAGCCUCAGUGAGAUGUUCAGACUUUUCCAACAAUCACAAGCUCCAGCCCCGGCACAACCAGCUCCGGCUCCAGGUCAACCAGCUCCAGGUCAACCAGCCCCAGCUCCAGGUCAACCAGCUCCAACCCCAGGACAGUCUGCUCCUGCACCUGCUCCACCAGCUCCAAGCUCUACUAGUUUUAAUCUCGGUCAAAUAUUCCGACCUCAACCAGCACCAGCACCGGCACCAGCCACAUCUGCACCUGGGCAGCCAGCACCAUCACCAUCUAUGCCUGGUCAGCCGGCACCGUCACCAUCUAUGCCUGGUCAGCCGGCACCAUCACCAUCUAUGCCUGGUCAGCCGGCACCGUCACCAUCUAUGCCUGGUCAGCCAGGACCAGCACCAUCUGUGCCCGGUCAACCGGCACCACCAAGUAUGCCUGGUCAACCGCCAGUGCCAGCACCAAUGGAGGCUCCUGAACAAUGCGACAUGGUAUACGGGUUUGACGUAUUUGAUCGCGGAAAUUAUGACAGCGAUGACAAGACAGUGAUCUUCUACGGGGACCCCCUGCAGUGCCACGGCGAUUCGGGCUACGUCAAGUACAUGGUGCGCCAGCUGGAACCGUUCUACGUCCGCUUCUACCGCUCCAUCGGGGCGAACAUGGUGAUGCUGGUCAGCAGUGAGGCUGUCAUGCCCGACUCGAUGUCCGGGACCGUUAACUUCUCGAUGCCGUACCAGAAGGGAGACUUCCUCGGCAUUAGCUUCCAGACCGGUUUGAUUUCUUACACCGAAGGGGGACCUACGACUUAUGAUACCUUGGUCUUAUAUUACAACAAGUAUCCUGAGAUUGCUUCAUCGCUUCCCGGAACCACUUUACGCAUCCCGGAAACGGAGUUGCUGAUGAAGAGGGAGUACUCCAUCAUGGCUACGCUUGCCUGCGAUUGCGAGGGAGAACCACAGGGACCCGCAAUUGAUUGCAACUCUCCGCUUGGCGUGGGUAGUAGGGACAUCCCAGACGUAAACUUUGAAGCCUCCUCUAACAUCAUUGGCAGCCCGCCAUCGGAAGCCCGCCUCUUCACUCAGGUCGGUAUGCUGUUCGUCGGCGGCGAAGGAUGGACAGCGCUAGCCUCCGAGGCUGACCAGUGGAUUCAGGUCAGACUGAACGCUGUGACCGACGUAGUUGGACUGCAGACCCAAGGAGGUGGCCAAGGGGCUAACCAGGAGUGGGUGACUAGCUAUGCCGUUCAGCAUGGCAUUGGUGAAGACAUCCCGGAGUAUGUCAGGGAUGAUAAAGGCAUGAUUCAGACAUUUGUCGGGAACAGCGAUAAGGAGUCCAUCCAAACAAACUACUUCUGGAAGCCCAUCAGAGCAGAAGUGAUUCGCAUACUACCAAAGACCUGGAAUUCUCGCAUAUCGAUGCGCUUUGAGGUUUUGGGUUGCCUUGCUGAUAACCCUUGCGACAGCAACCCCUGCCAAAAUGAAGGAAUCUGUAGCCACGACACCCGUACCAACGACUUUGUCUGCGCUUGCCCAGAUCUCUUCAGUGGAAAGAUGUGUGAUGAAGAAAUGGGAACCUGUAUCCUGCUUCCCGAAAUGUCCAUCAAAACCUACGAUGAGGUGAAGUACUUCUAUCCUGGUGAAUGCGAGUACGUGGCGACCCAGACCUGUGAUGAUGGUCCGGAAAGCUUCCAGGUGUACGUGACCACCAUCCCGUUCAUGGAGAAGGAGAUUCGAGUGGUACUCGGUGGAAAGACAUAUGAGCUGAAAGGAGAAAAGGAGUUGUACGUAGAUAAACAACGGGCUGCGUUUCCUUACAUGACACCUCCCGCCAUCACACCUAAAGUCAAGGUUAUCCUGGCGGGAAACAAUAUACCAGUGUUAAUGACCGACUUUGGGUUGAGAGUUUGGUGGGAAGGAAGUCGCACCGUCAAGAUCCAGGUACCACUCCACCUGAGGAAUGAGAUGUGCGGACUCUGUGGUAACUUCAAUGAAGAUAUUACUGAUGACUUCAAACUUAGAGAUGGGUCUGUGGUGAGCAAUCCUACUGAGUUUGGAAAGAAUUGGGUAAAUUCUCCGUGCCUUGCACCGUGUACAUUCUGUGAUCAACCGACCUCUUGUGACAACAAAGCGGCCAAUGUACGCUCGGCGGCGGUAAUGACGUGCUCCGAAAUGACCUCUACCUUCGCCACCUGUCUUGGUAAUAUGAUUGACAAUUCCAUGUACGCGGAUGGUUGUACUCUCGGCAUGUGUGCCACUGAAAAUGACAAUGGCUUGUUCUGUGAGCUGGUUGCUAGCCUUGCAAGGGAUUGCGAAUCGAUGGGCUUGCCAGUUGAAACAUGGAGAAACUCAAUAUCACGAUGCGCUCUAACGCCACCCACCGGUACCAUGUACGAGCGCUGCCUCUCGCCGUGCACCCCGAGCUGUGGCAGUCCCGACAUGGCGGAGAAGUGUGACUUGAUGUCUUGCGUAGAAGGCUUUUCCUGUUCCCCUGGCCUUGUCUUCAAUGGGGAGACCUGUGUGUUUGAGAGGGAGUGUGGAUGCAUCGUGGACGGAGAGCUCUAUGACAUUGGGGAGUCCUAUUUAGCGAAUGAUUGCACAGAACGUUGUGAAUGUCGUCAAGAAGGUCACAUGGAUUGUCAACCAGUAGUAUGCCAUGAAGAUGCAACCUGUGCUGUUGUUGACGGUGGAUACCAGUGCAAUUGUAAUGAGGGCUUCGCUGGUCAGGGUCUCCAAAACUGCUUUGCCAUCAAUGAGCCCAUUGAAACCUCUGCCUGCGAAGACGAAGAUUUAACAUUGACAUGCGAGACUGGGUUCAUCGAUGUCAUAUCUGUCUUCUACGGGCAAGACUCACGUCUCAGCGCAUGCCGUCCAACUGGAUUCUUCCUGGGCUCAUGUUCCGCUGAGGGCGCCCUCCUCGAAGUCCAGAACCGCUGCCAGGGCAAGGCUACGUGCACGUUCAUGGCGAGCACGGAUGUCUUUGGCGACCCUUGCAACGUUGCGGCGUACGCGCGUGUGGAGCACCACUGCACCCCGGAAACUCUAGCUAGCGAUGUCCCUGAGGUGCCCGUUCGAAGGAACACCCCGCAAGGACGGACCAUGAACUUGCAGUGUCCAGAAGGCACCUUCCUGGACAUCCAGCAUGUCAAGUUCCAGGAGGAGAGUUGCUCCUCAGCUGCCAAGUUGAUCGUCACCAUGGCCUGUCAAGGAAGGACCCAGUGUGAAGUAGAAGCCACGCCAGUUAACAUUGAUGCAACCUGUCAGCCUGACAACAAUAUGUUAGAGGUGACAUUCGAGUGUUCUGAACAGCCUGUGGAUCGCAGCGAUGUCAUGGGCCACCCUUGCAACUACAACCCGUGCGUGAACGGCCAGUGUAUCGCCACCGACACUCCCAUUGGCUACCAGUGCUGCUGCGAUAAGGGAUUCACCGGUCCCGUGUGUGAUAGAGAGGAGGGAGAAUGCCGCGUAUUUGGAGGGUCCCAGGUCAUCACCUUCGACAAGAACCAAUACCAGUUCCACGGCGAUUGUCUCUAUACACUCUUCAAGGACUGCUCCGCCGAGGAGAGCGGACGUGUUCCGAUAGAGGUCUCGGUCAGAGGCCAGGUCUACAAGUUUGUCAGGAGCAUCUCUUUCAUCAAAGAAGUCCACAUUAAGCUCGGAACCAGGGAAGUGAUCUUGGGCCGGGAUCACCUUCACGAAGUGGACGGCUACGAGAUGGAAGCACCAUUUACCGUUUCUACCACCCGGGCUCUGCUGACUGUUAGACGCGCUGGAGAUAUGAUGGUGGUUACUACGAGUGAUGGAGUGACCAUUGAGUGGAACACCAAAGGCCAACUGUCCAUCCGAAUCCCCAAGGACUUUCACAAAGCAUGUGGUCUUUGCGGAGACUUUGACGGCGAUGCCACCAACGACUUCAAAAACAGACAAGGACAGCCGCUCCAAGGUACCACUGCUCUGGCUCGGGCCUGGGCUCACAGCACUAGGGAUUGCACCAUCUGCCAAGGAUGCCAGAAUAUCGAUGCCUGCACAAGAAGAGCAGGAUAUCAGCCAGAUGCACUCCAGAUUUGCUCCAUCAUCAAGGAUGAAAAUGGGCCAUUUGCUGACUGCUUUGAUGAUGUUGACCCCGAGCCGUACUUUAAUGCAUGCAUGCAGGACCAGUGUGCGUUGCUUCCCAAGCAGGAUCUCCGAUGCGCCCACUAUGAGGCGUAUGCUGAUGCCUGCCAGGUCAGGAGAGUCCAGCUGCCAGGAUGGAGAGAUGCCACAGGAUGCGGUUACAUGUGUCCGCUUGGCAAGGUGUAUUCAGCCUGCUCAGAGGGUCUCACCAAGCACUGUGGAUUGACCGCGGUGGAGGCGUCCUGCACCAAGCGAUGCUACGAAGUCUGCGAAUGCCCGCAGAACAAGGUCAUGUCCAGCCGAAGCAUCUGCGUGGCUCCCGAGGAGUGCGGCUGUUUGAACCAGCACGGGAUAGACACCUACUAUGUACCAGCGGGCAUGACGUUCACCAAGUAUGGGUGUGGCCAGGAGUGCACCUGUGAUCAGGGAGGCCGGAUCAGCUGCACUGCAUACUCCUGCCAUGAGCAUGCCACCUGCCUAGCUGGCAGGGAUGGGGUCUAUGGCUGCCAUUGCAAGGCUGGCUACUCGGGCAAUGGACACACCUGCCACAUGGAGGUUGUUGAGUAUCCGAGGAUGCGUGCCGUGGUGACUGAAGGUCAGGUGAUGAACCUGGACUGUGGGGACUACAUGCUGGACAUCCUGGACGUCAGCUAUGGUAGCCUGGAUGGGGUGUGUGAAGGGGAGGACCAGGACCCCGUCUGCGAGUCCUACAGCUCUUACUCCAUGGCCCUGGGAAUCUGCCAAGGAUAUCAACGAUGCAGGAUCCCAGCGUGUGAUCGUCUCUUUGGAGACCCCUGCUUCACCAAACGUCAUUACCUGUCUGUCUUCUACACAUGUUCUCACAACCCGGUGGUCAAACAUCCUAAGAUGCCGUUCAAGAAGAUCAUCUGUCAGAACCAUCCUGUUGUCCUGAACUGCAGGGGUGGUUUCAUCAAUGUCCUUUACGCCAGCUAUGGACGCUCCACUGGACGUGAUAUCUGUGCAGCGGACAACAUCGGCGACCAGUCGUGCCACGAGCCUACUUCUCUGAGCGUGGUCAUGUCCAAGUGCCAGGGCCACGCCAAGUGUGAAAUAUGGGCCAACGACAAAUUCUUCCCAGAUCCUUGCCCAGAUACCUUCAAGUACCUGGAGGUCCAAUAUGAGUGUGUAGGCACCAAGCUCAUCUACUUCAACACCAUCUAGGUUGCUCUCGUGGCCUGUUUCAUAAAACCUGUUGUGGUAAUGAAUUUCCAGUAAUAGUUACUGAAAGCUACUGAAAUCAUUCAAUUUGAUUGGUUGACAGUAAUCUUGUUACAGAAAUUGUGCAUUUGUUAUUAUAACCAGGUCUUUUUUGAAACAGGAUAUGAUGACCUCACCUAGGCAUCUUUAAAAUCUGUGCAUUUCAUUUCACUCAACAGUAGUCAUGCUCUAUUCAUGAUAUGCAUGUAGGCAUACAUUAUUUAUUAAUCAGCAAACAUUCUGUAUUCAUCCGUACAUAUGGAUAACUUAUUUUUUUUCCAUAGGAGUUUACAGUUUAGAGCUUAUAAGAGCAAAAACCAAUUCUUAAUAAAUUUCGAUUCAAUUGAAUCUGAUUAUUUGAUUUAACGUCACAGAUACUUUUAGAGAGAAAAACAUGCUAAUUGUGAAGGGUACUUAAUUUCAAAAGAGUUUACAUGUUUAUUUCAGUUCAGUAAGAAUUCUACAUUGUUUAUAGAUCUGAGGUUUAAGAUGGUAUCAAUUUAAUUCAUUUUGAUUUUACCUUCAUUGCUGUACCAUAACUUGAUAUAAAGUCAGUAUUCAUUCCUUGUCCACAAAGGUUGUAAUCUCAUCUAAAUUUGAAAUAUUCAAAUUUGUAUUUUGUAAACUCAGUGCAAUAUUACUACAUUCUUGAUCGGAUAUACAUAUGUUAAAGUAUUCUGAAUACUUUUGAAAAACUCUUAUUCCUUGAAGAUGAAUGAAAAUUUGUAGUACAUAAACUCAGUGCAAUAUCAAUACUUUCAUGAUUAAAUGUAUAUUUUACAGUAUUAUAAAUACAUCACUGCAUUCUGUAAAGAUGUGGAAUAAUAAUGAAAUAAUAAUGAAAAUAGUGGUAAUAAAAAUAAUAAUAUCAAUAAUAUUACAAUUUUGUAUUUAUACCACACAAAUCUGUCAUAGAUACCCUACACUGUAGGUGCACACAGAAAGAACAACAAUUAUAAUAUAGUAAUUUAAUAUAACAAUACUGAUGGGGCUACCCUGCCGAAAUAAAACUAAAUAAAGAAAUAAAUAAACAAUAUUAAAUAUUGAAAGGGCCAUAUACUUAAACAUCAAGGAGACUCGUCAAAAUACUUCUUGCCGUACACUAUUGAACAUACAAAAAAUAAGAACAAUUGACCGAGAUAUAGAUUUAUUAAUCAAUCGAUCUUCAUUUUGAAAUUCUAAUACCAUGCUGUUCCCACUGUCAUAUUUUUUUAACGAAAACCCACGAUUGGCCUUUCAUAACUGAUCAAGAAAGCUUUUGAACCAUUUAAAAAAAUUUAUACGAUCAAUACGAUUUCCACGAUCGAUCUGGUUUGAUCUGAUAAGCUCACUACGAUUCUUUCUCGAUUAAGUACGCUGACUGUUUGAAUCGUGGCGCAAAUCGUGACAAUGGGAACUAGAUAUAAGAAUUGGACAAAAAAUGUUAGCAGGUGCAUUACGUGUUCAUGUGCAAUAUCCUUGUUGAUAAACAUACCGGUAUCUCAAGUGCAAUAAACAACUUCUACCCAUACUUCUCAA